AGCUCAUCUUCCAUCGCCGCGUACCGCAGUCAGUUGUCUGAGCUCAGCAGCCACCCGCCCACCAGCCGAGCGCGAGCCGCAGCCUCACACGCACGGUGCGAGUACGUGGUGAGAGCUGUGCGCUCGUGCCUCCGUCCAUCCACCCUCCGCUCGUGCUUGUGUGAGAGAGGGAGAGCGUCAGCCAUGGGCGUGGGGAAGAAGGUGCUGAACGACGUGAAGCCGUACAUGAUGAUGAUCCUGCUGCAGAUCGGGUACGCCGGGAUGUACAUCGUCUCCGUCGCCUCGCUCAAGCGCGGCAUGAGCCACUACGUGCUCGUCACCUACCGCAACCUCGCCGCCACGCUCGUCAUGCUGCCCUUCGCCCUCUUCUUCGAGAAGGGGAUACGGCCCAAGAUGACCCUCCGCAUCUUCAUCAAGAUCCUGGGGCUGGCGCUGCUCGAGCCUGUGCUUGACCAGAACCUGUACUACGUGGGCAACAAGCUGACCUCGGCCAGCUUCUCGUCGGCGCUGGUCAACAUCCUGCCGGCCGUCACCUUCAUCAUGGCCAUCGUCCUGCGGAUGGAGAAGCUCCGGCUCCGGAGCUCGCACAGCCAGGCCAAGGUCGCCGGCACCAUCUGCACCGUCAUCGGCGCGGUGCUGAUGAUCAUGUACCACGGCCCCGUGGUGCAGUUCCCGUGGGCCAGGGGCGCCCACCACGUCGACCAGGCCGCCUCCGCCGCCGCCGCCCAGAGCAGCUCCACCUGGCUCAAGGGCACCAUCGCCAUCAUCACCAGCUGCGUCGCCUGGGCCGGCUUCUUCGUCCUCCAGUCGAACACGCUCAACAGCUACCCGGCGGCGCUGACGCUGACGACCCUGAUCUGCGCGAUGGGCACCGGGAUCAACGGCUCGAUGGCGCUGGUGGCGGAGCGCCACGACAUGAGCGCGUGGGUCAUCGGCCUCGACACCCGCCUCUUCACCGUCGUCUACUCGGGCGUGGUGUGCUCCGGCGUGGCCUUCUUCGUGCAGGGCAUCGUGACGGAGACGCGCGGGCCGGUGUUCGUCACGGCCUUCCAGCCCCUCUGCAUGAUCAUCACCGCCGUCCUCGGCUCCGUCAUCCUCAAGGAAGAGACCACUCUCGGAAGUGUGAUUGGCGCGGCGAUCAUCGUGCUGGGCCUCUACUCCCUCAUCUGGGGCAAGAGCAACGACAUCAUCGACAAGCCCGUCCACUCCGUGGCCGAGAAGCUGGCCCUGCCGCUCACCUCCGUCAACGGCAACGGCACCAACGGCACCAACGGGACCAACGGCACCAACGGCGGCAGGCACGUCAACGGCGGCCAGGUCGCCCACGACGUCGAGACGCCGGCGGUGAAGGGCGCGAUCUGCCACUAGCGACCUCCAGGCGGCAUCUCGCGCAUGCGCCUACGUACGUACUACGUGCGUUUCUUCGGUCUCGUGUAUGGUCAAGAAAUCUGCUCUACGUGUGAUGCAGAAAGGAAGUUGCAUGUGUCGACGAUCGACGGUCUAGUUUCUUUAUUUUGAUUUCGCAUUUUGACUUUGAGCGACCACAUAAAUUUAUGAGCUCCUUAUUACUCUUUAGCUACUACUACCAUGUAUGUAACUUUGAUCAUUGGACCUGCUUAUGACGCGCAUGCAUGUCUAAUCCUGCUUCGCUCUGCUAUCGUAGAGAUGUGGAGUCAAUCAAUAUUAACGACUACUUUCGAUUCAA